AUGAAUACAAGGUCUAAAUCCAACUAUCAAUCGCUAGAACUACCACCAGAGCUUGAACCCAAAAAUAGACUUGCACUGAAUUCACUAUGGAAAUCAUUUAUCAAAGCCACCGUUGGAGAGAGCGAGACAGGCAAUGCUCUAUCCCCUCAUCAUGGAGAAGGAAGUGAAACUGUCGAACAAAAUACUAAUGAACGUAAUCCAAGUGCAGCAAUAGAAAGUAAUUCCAGUAAUGAGAUACAAGUGAGAAGCGGUCGUGAUGCUUUAACUGCAAUGCUAACCGAGCGAGACACUAGGAGCAAGAAUUUAAGUGAAACCCUACGCUUUAUUCACUUGUGUAUCAACCAAGACUAUAAUAAAUAUAAAAUUCCAGAGACAGACCAAAUUAUUGUUAUGCCUAGCUAUAAACACAGCAGUUAUGUCUCAAUACCUAAAUCCAAGCCACUUCAAUUACCUGAAGAUCAGCAAAGCACUCGCGUCGGAAUCUUGCCCACAAAAUCGGAAAGAACGUUAGUUUCAAAGCCUUCGUAUGAUCAGAUCGCUAACAAAGUAAAGAUAGAACCGGCAUCAAGCCGUACUAGAAUGCCGCUGUCUGAUGAUGACAAGACUACGAGAUCAGUGAUAAUUCAACCCAUGGAAGACAACAAACAUGAUAAUACAGCAAUUCACCAAAAGUUACCAAGUAAAGUAUCGUCUACACCUUCAGCCCCAAAAGAUGUCUCAAAACAGCAUUGGAUGCCCGAUGAAAAAUGUACUGAAUGUUAUGAGUGUGGCCAAAAGUUUACAAUCUUACGCCGUCGCCAUCACUGUCGAUGCUGUGGAAGGAUAUUCUGUAGCACAUGCUGUAGAAUCCGUAUACAAGGAUCACUGCUUGCUUUUACAUUUGGUAUCGAUGCUGACGGUAUGGUCAGAGUUUGCCAUCAUUGUAAACAACAAGUUGAUAGCCAAAUGAACGCGAAGUCUAUAUCAACAUCUGGUAUCGUGACUCCCGAAAAACUAGAUUCUCAACUAACAGAUGAAACAGUAAAUUUAUCAGCCAGAAAAGCUUCUUUCCAUAAAAAUGCUAAUACAGAAGAUACUGCAUUCUUACCACUUACCGCUACCAUGAUCAAAAGCUUACUACGAUCGGGCUUUAACGAUGCAAAUGAUAAAAAUGCCUCUGAUAACGUGAUAGCAAUCAGAAAGUUACAGCAUAUCGCCUCUGAAAUGUGCCGUAAGAUCGACUUAAUAGCAAAUACAUCCAAUAACCAUAAUUCAUCGCCAUCCGAUACAAUCAUUUCUGGUUAUCAAAUUUCCUCCUGGUUGUUAUCACAUAGUCAUGCAAUCGAUAGGUCACAAGCAGCAAGUAUAGGACAAGCUUUGGUUACCAUUGGCUUUCUCUUUAGUCUUACUCGAGAAUCAAAUGAGUUUACUGAUACGAAAGAUAGUAGAUUUGUUAUCAAUGAGUACCCUUUUAUUAAAGCUGUCGAGUUAUUUUCAGGCAAUGAAAGUAAUAAUGAAAUAAACGUUAGAGAGACUGCGCCGGAAACUAAACCUUCAGAAGGAAUAAUCAACUUUAAAAGUACUAUGGGUGCUACUAACAGAACGAAGAGGAUAGCAUUAGAAAACAUGAACAUGAACGAGCAGUUCCAGAAGCUACGCCGAGAAAGUGCUGUAAGAAUAUAUGAUCAAUUGAUGGCCAGUGAAAACCUAGAUAGUAAAUGGAAAGAAAUUUUAUUAUCAAUUACUUAUGAAAUUGUAGAAUCUGUCCGCCCAGACGUAGAAAAAAGGGAUAAAAUGGAUAUUAGACAAUACGUUAAAGUUAAAAAGGUUCCGGGAGGACUCCCUUCAAACACCCGUGUAAUAUACGGCACAGCUUGUUCGAAGGAUAUUGCCCAUAAGCAUAUGAAGAAUCGAAUAGAAAAUCCUACUAUCCUUUUGCUUAAUUGCGCUUUAGAGUUUCAGAGAGCGCAAAAUAAAUACUGCAGCUUACAGUCUGUAACAAUGCAGGAUGUUAUGCUACGAAUAGUACGGAGCUGUCGUGGUGAUGUGAUUAACUCACUCGAACAAGUCACUCGACCUAGACUUGGGGGUUGUGCACUGUUCGCAGUAUAUUCGUACAAUCUACCGAAUGGUGGCGUAAAAACAAUCACCCAGUUUGAGGGAUGUAAUCCAGAAUUCGGUUGCUCCGUUAUACUCCGCGGCGAUACUAAUACUGAAUUAGCAAAGGUAAAACGUGUAUUACGCUUCAUGAUAUAUGCUUAUCAUCAUCUUAAGUUGGAAAGUAGCUUAUUAAUAGAUUAUUCCGUGGAUUGUAAAUCUUCAUCAUUAUGGGAAGUUACUACUAAUAAUCCUUCUAAAUCAACGGACGAUAUUGAGAAGAAGUCGAACGACGAAACGAAAGCUGUGUUAGAAAAUGAAAAUGAAUCAUCUAUUGCAGACGACUCAAUUACUAAUGACCUAUUGCUGAACGACAAAGUUGUCUACGCUUUUAAUAACGUUAUAACUUCAGUGUCUAUGUUUAAAACAUUUCAUAUUCCAUAUAUUUUAACUCAUACCGGAAACAAUUCUCCAGUCCGUAAUUAUUUAAUUCCCAAUAUUUACUUAUCGAAAUACUUCUAUCGAGAUUGUCGAUUUCCUGAAGAAAAGCAAGAAGAGGAUAAAAUGGAUCCCGAUUACUUAAUAAAAUUUGCCUAUAGGGAAACCCAUGCAAAUAAUGAACACCAUUCCUUUAAACCUUCCGGAACCGUCUUACUUCCCCGUCACGAGUUCAUAACAGAUGCUUCCAUCUUGCAUAGCAAUGAAUCAUCAUUGCAGAAAAGCCUGGUAUGUUUCCGCUCUUAUGGUGGAAGGAUAUAUAGUGUAUGGUCUCCUGCAACGCAAGACGGCCGUAAUAAAUCUGAUUCGGAAUGUGUGUCAUUUGGUCAGCAAAAGAUUGAUUGCCUUGAUAUUUAUCGUCAUCAACAAAUAACUGUACUUUACUCCCGUACAUCAAAAAUAAGCAGUGGUACAAGCAAGUGUGUUAGCCACUACAUAAAGUGUAUCGAUUUUUAUAGCGGGAACGACAUACCCUUAGGAUUGUUUCUUCAAAUACACUGUUUCAGUAAUCAGAGGUGUUUCAUAGAUAACUGCGAAUUAUCAGCUAAGGAUCACGUUGAACAAUAUACACAUAAUAAUGGCACUGUCAGUAUCUUCAUCCAGAAUAUACCAGAGGAAGAAACUUCUGGCGAUGAGUUAGAAGAUUUUAUAACAUCGUGGAAUUUCUGUAAAAUUUGUAAAAAGGUUAAGAUGCAAUGA